UCUGAGUGAAGAUGGCGGCGGGUCCCGGAGCGGCUCUCAGCGGUGUCCGCGGCUCCUCCGCCGGCUUCGAGUCCUCGCUCGACCGCAGAUUUCAAGCGGUUUCCAACACGAUGGAGUCCAUCCAGGGAUUAUCCUCAUGGUGCAUCGAGAACAAGAAACAGCACAGCCUCAUCGUGCGCUGCUGGAUGAAGUGGCUGAGGAAAUCGGAUGCCAACCACAGGCUGAAUCUCUUCUACCUCGCCAAUGAUGUCAUUCAGAACUGCAAGAGGAAAAACGCCAUCAUUUACCGCACCGCCUUCGCUGACGUGCUGCCAGACGCCGCCCUGCUGGUCAAGGAUGCUAAAGUCUGCAAGUCAGUGGAGAGGAUCUUCAGUAUUUGGCAGGAGAGGAACGUGUAUCCUGAGGAGCUGAUCUCCGAGCUGAAGACCAAUCUGGUGAAAAAGGAGAAAGUCAAGGAGAAGGAGAAAGUCAAGGAGAAAGAGAAGGAGAAGGUCAAAGAGAAGGAGAAAGAAAAGGGAAAGGAGAAAGUUAAAGAGCAGCCUCCUCCUGCUGCACCGGUCAACUCCAAAACUGCUCUGAAGUCUAAAAUUGUGGCAGAGUUUGUCCCGCAUGAUUUUGUCGAGCGUUUAACAUCAUACAAGCACGCUCAGGAUGAGAGUGAUUUGAGAGAGAAGCAGUUAGCAUCUCUCAGACUGGAUGUCUGCAGCAACGAAGCCCUCAAGAGGUUAAAAGAUAAAGCGGGAGGAAAUAAGUUCUCCAAGGACUUUGAGGAGGGAAGUGUGAAGCUGCAGGAGUUUGUGACGUUCCUGGAGGGCCAGAUGAAGGCGGGACCCCCUCUGCUGGAGGCUCUGGGAAACGCAGACAUCUUUUAUGAGAUUCAGUACAAAGAGGUCAAAAUUGUUGCCAAUGCAUAUAAAGCGUUCGCCAACCGCGUCUGCAGCCUGAAGCGUAAGCUGGACGCUCUGAAGGCGACGCUGCCUCGUCUGGAGGACUCCCCGCUCCCGUCUCCCUCUGCAGACGCCCCGUCCCCAAGCGGAUCAGAGUCACCUUUCCAGAGCAGAACAGCAGACGGAGCUCAGCAGCAGAAGGACAACAUAGAUAUUGAAGACAUGGACCUGUCUGAGGAGGAGGAGGAAACGUCUGCAAACGCUGGAGCUGCUGCUGUUGAUGAGAAGAAAGAGAAGUCCAGUCUUCCAUCCGCAUCUAAGACCACUAAUGCUGCAAUAACUAAAAGCUCCCAGAUCACUGCUGCUAAAACACCCCAGAAUUUAUCCACUUCCACAAAGACCGUGUCUGUGUCCUCAACCAGUCAGACGCCUCCUGUAAACACUACACCCAUAAACACAGCCCCGGCUCCGGCCCCGGCCCCCGCGGUCAGCCCCGCUCCCCUGCAGAUGAACUUGGCCAAUGUUGAUCUGGGCAAAAUUAGCUCCAUUCUGAGCUCGCUGUCCAGCGCAAUGAAGACCACUGGUGCAAGUCCCGUGUCUCGUCCUACUCCUGCCACUCCGACUACACCAUCCACCCAUGCGUCUUCCUCCAAAGCUGCCCCUUCCACCCCUGGCAGCGCUCCCACAUCCAACCCUCUGGCAAACAUUCUGUCCAAAGUCGACUUCUCUCCAGAGAACAUCCUAAACGUUCUUAGCAAAACACAGACUCAUGGCUCCAACCUGCAGGGUUUGUCUUCUCUCCUUUCGUCAGCUCGUUCAGGCACUCUCAGCUCCUCAGACGCGGCUCCAUCUUCAUCCUCUUCUUCUUCAGCCGUUUCCACAACUCCAGCAUCUUCCAGCACAAACACCCCAACCACAUCCAAGGCCCUGAAGCCAACAGGCAACAAUAAGCGGGAGAAAAGCAGAGAGUCGGAGAAGACAAAAGUCAAAGAAAAAGAGCGAGAAAAGAAAGUGAAAGAGGCCCAGAGUGAGACUGUUGCCUUGCCCAGUUUGGAGUCAAAGAUCAACAGUUUCCUCCAAGGCAAUCCAGGGUUCGGUGCUUUAGGACUGGAUCUUGACAGCAGUAGCCCUCUUAUUGUCGGUGGGGAAAACAUGGAUGGCACCCCAGUCCGAGACGAGAGUGGGAGCACGCCAACACAAGAUGAAAUCAUGGACUCUCUCCAUGUCUCCAAUGACCCAGAGCAUAACCUUUCACCUACAGCCUACCACAGUGGAGACCCCUGGGACGCAGUGAUCACUCCUCAAGACACACUUGGAGAAAAGAAAGAUCGGGAUUACCGCACAAUACCACCUUCAAGACUCCCUGCUUUCACCCCAAGUGUGACUAAAUCAGUCAAGGCAAAAACCAAAGAAGAAGUCCCUAAGAGAAAAUCGGCAAGUGUGAACAUUCCAUCAUCAGCGCAGGAUCAGAACAAAAAGCCAAAGAUGGAUGGAGACGGAGCGAAAAGUGCACCCUCCCGCAACCCACCCUUAGGAUCUGAAGACGGGACGAAAGACAAAGAGAAGAAACCUUCGACUGAUAACGGAGAGUACUACCAUCGCAUUGAGACUGUGGUUUCAUCAGCAUCAUCCUCCAACGAAGGAGCGCCGAUUGAAACUCUCGAUUACAGCAACCGCAUUCAGACGGUGGAAGGCAUCCGAUUAGUCGGCCGAGGUCUGAGAAGAGGAAGCAGCGCUAGUUCUAGAGCCAGCAGCACUUGGUAUGAAGAGGAAGAGUUUAUGGAGUCCCAAUCGCCACAUCACGCUCAUGAAAGUCCUGAAGAAUUGGGAUUAGUCCCACCUCUUCCUCCUCCUCCACCCCUUCCCACUCACCUUCCACCCCCUUUACAGUACCCUCCUCCACCACCCUACCCAAACGAAGACCCAACACGCCCCAUUCCUCAACUCCAUCCUCCAUUUUUUCCUCCUCUACUUCCACCGAUCCCCCAAACCCCACCGCCUCCUAGAGACUUCCCCAGCACCACCGUUAUGGUUGGUGGAGUCCUCGUACCGAUAGACCGAGUGUUACCUUACCAACCAGGCAACCUCCGUCCUGAUGGAGUGAAUGCACCCAUUAGAGGAGCCAAACCCCCAUCCCUGCUUGGUGAAGCCCCGCGGCCGGGUACGGUGAAGGAGCAGUUCACAUUGCUCCACUCUCCACCUCUGCACCGUCCCGGCACCCCUGGCGUUCCUCCACCCCUAUUGGGUAGAAUCAGAGAAGGCCCCAAUUGCACGCCUCCAGCCACACCCACAGCUCCACCCCCAUCCACAGAGCCCCGCCCCCUUUUAUCACUUCCCAACCGCCCACUAAUAAACAACCCAAAUCAAAGACAUCGUCGCCCUUCUCCUCCUCAAUCCCACAUCCACCCAAACCACUACCAUACGCUCCGCUCUCCACAGUUCCCUCCCAGAGGUCCCGGCUCCCACAAACGUGAGCCUCUAAUUCCCGGAGCCAAGCGCUCGUCUGCUAAUUUCAGCAGCGGGCCUUUCAACCCUUCCAAGAGACCAUUUAUGCCCCCUCGAUAUUAGCAUCUAGAUGCUAAAAGAGCAAUGUAAAUACACAUGCAUCGACACCUCCGCAGGUCUUCAGGAGGUUUUCUGAUACCCUGAACUAGCCGGAGGAGAAACCAGAUCGGCUAAUCCAGAAACCUCCUUAUGAAGGAAGCCAGAAGGUGGUUAUUCUUUUCAGUGUGUGUGUGUGUGUGUAGGAGUGUGUGUGUGUGGAUGAGUUGUAAGUAGAUACGCUGGCUAUCUCUUUCCCUUCAGUAACUCUUUCCCCCCCUAUAACACUUACUUCCCAAUGUUUCUGAUGUAAAUACUUGUUUCUAUUGUUGACAGGUUGCGGAGUGCUGUUUCUGUCUGUUAACUCACCUCUGUUACUCUCGAGCGUAGAGCCAGCGGAGUUCAACUUUAUUUCUGAGUGAUUAAAUUAUUGUGGUAGACGUUAACGCUGGGCAACGAUGUUGGCUUGUUGUGAUCUUAAUGCUUCAUAAAGCUAAAAUGCAGCCACUUUAACAGUCUUUAUCAAGAUGUGAAGAUCUUGGCUCACACUGCGUACGAUAUAUACUAAAACAGAAGCUAUACUUAGUAGUUUGCAAGUGCUUAUCAAGAGUUCCUUUGCGUUUUUUCUUUUCUCCUAUUGGGAUACAGUAGAAUUAUUAUUAUUAUUACGUGUAUUCUGAUUAAUAAAGGUAUUGUAACAAGAAA